AUGCCCCCAACAAACCAUUUCAACAUGCCUCGAGCAAGCACCCGCCGUCCCCCAUGGCCUGUGUACCAAUUCGGCUUCGGCAACGAGUUCACCUCCGAGGCAAUACAGGGCGCAUUACCCCCACACAACAAUCCGAAGCGUUGUCCCUAUGGCCUCUAUGCGGAGCAAAUUUCAGGCACUGCCUUCACAAUGCCUCGCCAUAAGAACCGUCGCACUUGGACCUAUCGCAUCCGUCCAAGCGCCGCCCAAGAGAACGUUUUCCCAGACACUCAGCUCGCCACAUUACUGACAGAGCCCGAUCACGUCACUCCGGAGCGCCUGCGGUGGGGGCCUAUUCCUGUCACAAAUCCUCAAGAGGGACCUCACACGUUUGUCGAGGGCCUCAUAACCAUCGCUGGGGCCGGUGAUCCUGCUGAUAGGAAUGGUCUUGCUAUAUAUACCUACACGGCCAACAAGUCUAUGAUUAAUUGCUGCUUCUCCAGUAGUGAUGGAGACAUGCUUAUCGUUCCCGAGAAAGGGACGUUUCGUUUUCAGACAGAGCUGGGCGACCUCGUCGUGCCCCCUGGUCACAUCGUCGUCAUUCCGAGAGGAAUUCGUUUUGCCGUCAAGUUUUUCGAUCAGGAGUCCCCGGGCUCCACAAUUUAUGACGGCGCAGCUCGUGGAUAUGUACUGGAAGUAUACUCUGGCUCUUUCGAACUCCCCAAUUUGGGUCCCAUCGGUGCCAAUGGGCUAGCAAAUCCAAGAGAUUUUAGGUACCCCACAGCCUCCUUUGACGACAAAACUGUGGAGUACCUGUCCAUCACAAAGUAUCAAGGUGGUAUAUUCAAGUGUCGUCUUUUUAGUUCCCCGUUUGAUGUUGUUGCAUGGCAUGGGAAUUAUGCCCCGUUCGCAUACGAUUUAUCGCUAUUCUGUCCGAUGAACAGCGUCCGCUUCGAUCAUCCUGACCCUUCCAUAUUUACCGUUCUGACCGUACCAGGCCCAAUCGAGGGCCUCGCUGUAGCCGACUUUGUCAUUUUCCCACCGCGAUGGUCAUCACAAGAAAACACGUUCCGUUUACCGUAUUUUCAUCGCAACUGUAUGUCAGAGUACAUGGGUGUGAUAUUCGGCGCUUAUGAGGCCAAAGACAGUCAGAGAUUUGGUCCUGGUUGCUCCACGCUGCACGCCGCCAUGGCUCCGCACGGGCCGGACGCCGCCUCUUUCAAGAGAUAUAUGCGUAGUCUCGCCGAUACGCCAACAAGAUCCUCCUCAAAUGAGCUAGCUUUUAUGUUUGAAACCAGCAAGAUGCUCAAACUGACCGACUUUGCGAUGACUACCGAGUACCGUGACACCUCAUAUCCGUCUUGUUGGAAUGGGCUGGAAGGGAAGUUCGAACCCAACAUGCGAUGA